GUUCAUCGUACACAUCUAGCAACAGCACAAACUCAUCUGUGAAUCGUUCAAACUACUACCAAUCGCCGCCGACAUCCGUGUCAACCGCUAAUACCGUUAUGUCCUCAUCGACGGUUCCAACUGAUUCAUCUAGUUAUUACCACCAGCAGCAGCAAUCAACAACAGCACAACAACCUCAGCCCAGCCAGGUAAGAAGUCAUUCCCGUGGUUCCUCAUCCCACGGUUACGCGCCUCCACCGGUUCCUUCGGCACAUCAACCGAAUCAGCAGCAGCAAAACUAUCAGACACCUCCCGUGGCCACAGCCAAUCCCGCUGAUGCGACUUCGAGCUACCAACAUCUACAAUCAUCUGCCAGCCCCUCCACUUUUACUCCUUAUUCUUCGUAUAACAGCACUGCUCCGAGCAGUGCACCAGCCACCACACAAGCAGUUAGCUCUAAUGGUUCCGCUUUCCAUCGUCCGGAGAGUGCUGCUCCUGUAGGCAAUGCGGCCGGUUCCGCUGCCGGUAGUUUCGAAAGUCCUCCGACGUACAUCCCCGACAACGGCGCCAAUCCCUAUCAGUAUCCCUACCAGGCGCAGGGCUACCAAACCCAAGGCUAUUACCCUCCUCCUGCGUAUCCUUACUAUCCGGCGGCGGGGGCUCCGUACUCUGCCGGAGAUCCCCAGUACCAUUCAUAUCCACCGCCGCCACCUCCCUCGAACUACAACUAUCCUCCGUAUCCUAGUCAACCUGGCGUCGGUCAGUGGCAGUAA